CCGAACGGAGCCUAAAAGGGAAAAAAAACCUUUCCCCUCGGCCUAAAGGAAAUCUCCAAACCCUAGCACGUCCUCCGCCGCCCCCCCGCCGCCCAUGGCGCAGCUUGUCCGACCUCGCGACCGCUACAACCAACCAAAGCACCCCUCUCCCCUCUCCUCCCCUCCUCCGACGCUCGGAGGCGACCAGCAACCCACGUCCCUAUUUCGUCGUCCCGACCUAAUUCUUCUUCCCGACGGUCGACGAAUCUCUAUCUACGAAGAUAGGCAUGGAGUUCUCGUCACCGAUGCCCUCCGCUGGUCGACACGACCCGUCGAAGAUGUCUACAUGGAAGUCCUCUACGAUCUCCAGACGAGUCCGCGCGAUCUUCCACCCCCCAUCGCGGAGCCCGUCCGACGCCGCCACCGCGGCAGAGAUGCCCAUCAACCCCCUAUCCGAUGUAUUCUUCCUGACAAGCGAAUAAUCCAUGCCUACAAUGAUAGGCACGGGGUUCUCGUCACCGACGACAUGGACGGGUCGACACGACGUGUCGAAGAUCUCUUCAGGGAAGUCAUCUCCGACCUGCCCCGCUAUCGUCCACCGCCCCACAUGGCGAAGCCCGCCCGACGCCACCACCUCGGCCGACGCCACCACCUCGGUGGCGAUCCCCACAAACCCCUUCUUAUCCUAUGUCUUCUUCCUGAUAACCGCAUAAUUAUGCCUACAAUGAUAUGUAUGGGUUUCUCGUCACCAAAGACAUGAACGGGUUGACACGGCCCGUCCAAGAUGUCUUCAGGGAAGUCCUCUAAGACCUCUGGACGAGGCCCCGCGAUUCUCCACCGCCGGUUGUUGAUGCCACCGAGGAAGAUCAGACUGCAGCCGAACAAACGGCCACUCCAAGCCCUGAUCCCUCCGGAUCGCAAUUCAUCGAUGAUCUGCUGAACAGAGCUUCUGUUGCCCAAAAGCUGAAGCUGGCUCAAAGGCGUGAGGACAGAGAACCAACUGUCUUGGCCUCGAAGGAGCUUCUUGGCACUACAACACUGGAGGAGUCAUCAAUUACUAAUGCUUCGUCUCUGCUGCAGCCUACACUGUAUCUCUCUCUCUCUCUCUCUCUCUCUCUCGUCCGUGGGGAGAGGUGGUUGGUAGUAUGUAUUGUCCGUUUGUUCUAGUCGAGAUGAAAUUUCUUAAGGGUGUUUUGGUUCAGGAACCAACUGUCAUGCUAUGGAAUGGUUCCUAAUGGAACGGGUUGGUUCUGUUCCUGUAUUUGGUAUGAGCAAAAAAGUAAAAUGGAAUGGUUCCGUUCCUGUGUUUGGGUUGCAAGCACGGAAUGAAAAAUGAAUUAACAAAAAAUCGAAGUUUUGGUAGCUCUCUUUGUUUGUAUUUUUUUUCAAGAAAAACAACAUAACUGUAUAUUGACAAGCAUGAUACAUGUAUGACAUCACAUAGAACACAAUUUUCAACAACAUCAUAAGGCAGCAAUAAGGUAACAAGUUCAUUUGCCACAUCCAAAAGCAAUCAGCCAUACAUGUCUUAAUUCACAUGCCAAACACCCAAAAGCAACCAAAGUGUGCUACAGCCAUACACGUCAAGUUAGCAUACUUGAGAGCCAUACAACCAUAUUGAAUUUAGAAGUUCUUCUUGACAUACCUACUCACCCAAACAGACUUGUUGGUUUGGGAAAGUUUCAUGAAGGUUCUUGUUGUCUUGGGAUUGUCAACAGGAUGAGCAUAGUAGUGGGCAAGGUGCUCUUCAUCAAAAUCGGGCAAUUGGGAGACUACAUCCCAAAGGUCAUCGGCUAUAGCUUCAUCAUCUCCAUUAGACUUACAUGAUCUUCAGCCACAAGUUUGAACCCAUCCUUCAGAGUGAUAACUAGGUCAUCAUCAUCAACUUCCUUUACCUUAGCCUUCUUUUUUGAUGGUCCUUUGGGGUUAGAAUUCUCACCAAUAUAUGGUGACGUGUUCAGCUCACCAUUUUCCUCAUCGUGGACAUCAAUAGAAAGGAGAUCAUUCCUGGACCUAAGCAUUCAUCCCCGUAGCCGUGGUUGUUCCAAAAAUGGUUGCCAUGGCAUUCAAGAAGGGGCCAUUAGAUUUGUGGUUCUACAAAAAAGUGCAAGUGAUUAGCAUAAUUUAGACAUGAAAUGGCAUGAUAUUGCUCAUAGCAUUAGAAGCAUACCAUACAAUGCCUUGCAUAGUGUUCAUCGCUGAGCCUAGCUGUGCAAGUAUCUUCAUCCCAUAGAGCUCUACUUUAGAUUCUUCAAAUUGACUACCCUCCCCCAAAUCUUCCUCCACUUCUUGAGAUGGUUUCUGACUUGAUCUCCGGUGACAACUAGCUUAAAUUGCUUGUUCAAAACAGCAGCCCAUUGUUUUAUAAAGAGAUCCAAGUUUGUUGUUGUUUCUUCUUUCUUUACUCUCUUGAAACCAGAUUGAUUUUCUGCAUUACAAUCUCCCUCUUUUUUUAUUCAGGCGUGAGGACAAAGAACCAAAUGUCUUGGCCUCAAAGGAGUUACUUGGCACUACAACACUGGAGUCAAUCACUAACGCUUCCUCUCUGCUGCAGCCUACACCGUAUGGAUCUAAUGUCCAAUUUGAACCAGUUAGCCCAACUUUCAUCACUCUCUUGCCAGUGUCAGUUUCGAAACACACUGGUCAGCAGAGCGGUAUUUAGAUGAAGAUAUAAGUUGCUUGUCGUUUCUCCUUGGGGAGAGGUGGUUGGUAGUAUGUAUUGUCUAUUUGAUCUUAAUGGCAUGAGGACAGAGAACCAAAUGUCCUGGCCUCGAAGGAGCUGCUUGACACUACAACACUGGAGUCAAUCACUAACGCUUCCUGUCCGCUGCAGCCUACACCAUUGCAGCCAGAUAUGUUGUCAUCCAAGGACGCUUCCUUCACAUGGGCAGAGGAGGUGACUCCCUCGCUGACGCCACCCAUUUUGGCCCGGAAACCUGCCGGAUGGAAUCAUCAAUUUUUCAUCAGAGUAGAUCUUGGGGGAUUUUUCCACACGUAUCCUGAGCUGGGUGGGCCGUUCCGGAGCUUGGAGGAAGCUAAGAAGGCUAUACUCUGCCACCUUGAUAAACUACGUGAUUGAAAAAUGUGCACAAACGAUGGGCUUUCCAGUUCGGAGAUUGCUAUACGAGAUGCUCUUCACUGGCCAGAUGGCACGAGGAAGUAUUCUUCGAGAUCCAAUCCGGAUGAAGAUCAUAUGGGGCUAUUGGUUCAAGCUUUGUUGGACAAGUACAAUGAGGAGAAUAAUCUUUUGGGGGAUGAUGCAUAUAAUGUUGAAGAUGUCGUGAGCUUCCAAGAAGUUUAUGAGGGCAAAGGUGGCUGGUACUACCGUCUGAAUUGUACUAGAAAGACUAAAGGUGGCGUCGACAAUCUCUUCUUUGCUGAAGUCUUGAGAAUGAAUAGAGGACUACAAUUCAAGCUCACCUGUCUCCAUAUGGUUAAACCUGCUGUUGAUAACGGUACAUGCUAUGGUUGUAAAAAAACCAAUGUUAGUAUGAAGCACCCCAUUGACGCUGGUAAAUACAAAGGUGGCCACGAUCCCUCGUGGCCACCACGGCUUUGCAUGGUUCUUCCACCGGAUUUGCCUGAGGGUUUUGAUGCUAAGAUGAAAGCUAUGGAGGAAAGGAUUAGAUAUCAAUUCCAGGACUCUGAUGUGUUGAUAUCGGAUGCUGGAAGAACUGCUGCUGCUGAUGGUUUGGACAAGAGCCAGCUGGGAAGAAGGGGCUUCCCAGCUGCUGAUGCUAGAAUGAACAAGGAAAGGACUGGAUAUGUAUACGGGGACCGUGAUGUGGCAAAAUCGGAUGCUGGAAGGCCUGCUGCUGGUUUGGAGGGAAAGUGGGGCACGUACGUUAUACCGCCGAUGCGUCUGAAGGUUUGAGAAGAUGGACGGUAUAUCAGUUUGGAAUUACUGUCCGAUGGUCAAACAAAAAAGUGGUUAUGGGACAGUUAAAAGUUUUAUUUUGCAUGUCUUUGAAUCACAUGGCUAGAUCGUCGUUUUCUAGCAUGUGUGGUACAUCCAACAUCCACAUAUGCAGGCGGGACGAAUUGCAAGUUUUAUUUUGCAAGACUAGCCUGACGUAAAUCAAAGUUGUCACGUACAACUCCCAAACCAUUCUUGUAUAAGAAAGAAACCCUUAAAUAAACGGCGACGCACAUGCA